AACGAAUUUCUAAUUCUAUUAAUUCUUAUUUUGUAUUAAAACGCAUAUUUUUCGAAAAUUCAAAUAAAUUAUAUUCUUAUAUCCACAAUAUUAUUAAUUAUUCUGUAUAUUACAUUUAAAAUUAUAGUCUAUUCUGAAAAUAAAACAUAUUUUAUGCUUUUUAAUUAACCUUUGAUAGUUUGUGUUUACGCUUCAUUUAUAUAUUAUCAAAAAUAUUUACUUUUAUUAAAUUAAAAGAAAGACUUUAUACAAAAAUAUGAACUAAAUGAUCAAAGCUAAAAAAUAAAUGAUGUACUAUAAAUUCUUUUACCGAAAUUUAUACUAAAUAAAAUGGUUAGUAGUGAUAUUUCAAAACCUAUAAAAUUUUAGGAAAGAUAAGGGGAAGUCAGUAUAUUUUUUUGCGAUAUAUGUUAUUUUGAUGAUAUUAUAGCAGAAAAAAAUGAAAAAAUCAUACCUUUUUUAGAUAAACUAUUUUUAUAAUUUGAUAAAUUUUGUGUUAAACAAGGUCUUUAAAAAAUAGAAACUGUUGGAAAAACAUAUAUGGCAGCAGCUGGAUUGAAAGAUUUUGAAAAUUAAAUAGAUUAAAGAGAAAGAAGUAUAGAUCCAGUUUUAAGAGCUUCAAAUUUAGCUAUAGACAUGAUUGAUUAUGUAAAAGACUUAAAAUGGAGUUAGAAAGGAAAUAAAUUAAUAAUAAAAAUAGGAAUACAUUAUGGUUAAGUAAUUGCAGGAGUUAUUGGUCAUCAUAAACCUUAAUUUUCUUUAAUUGGGGAUACAGUUAAUACUACGAGUAGAGUUUGCUCGAAAGGAGGUGAAGGAGAGAUUACUUUAAGUUAAGAAGCAUAUAUGAGGAUUAAAGAUAAUAUUAAAUUUACUUUUUUAGGUCCUCAUUUAGUUAAUGCAAAAGGAAAAGAUAAUAUUUUAUUAUAUACUUUAAAAAAAGCAUAGGAGAAAAAAAUAUGUAGAUUUAAAAAAAGCUUUUUACAUUUUUAUUAACUUUAUGAAAUUAUAAAUAUAGAGUUUUAAUACUUUAAAUGUUUUGAAUAAAAAAAAGACUUAAAAAAACGAUCUAGUUCAAAAUUUAAUUCCGAAACAUAUUUUAGAUUAAUAUUUUAAUAUAUAGGCAAUUACUUAAAAAAAACACUAACUGAUAUAUUUGAAGAUGCUACUCUUAUUUUUGCUGAUAUUACUGAUUUUACAAGAUAUUCUUCAGCAAGAAGUCCAGAAGAAGUUUUGAAUAUGCUUUCAAGUUUAUUUUUUAAAUUUGAUAAAUAAUGCCAAAAGUAAAGUUGCUUUAAACUAUAUACUAUUGGUGAUUGCUAUGUAGUUUUAGGAAUAUAUAAUGCAAAAGAAAGAAAUCCAGCACUUGAAGCCAAAAAUGUGGUAUAAAUGGCUUUUGAAAUGCUUAAAAUUAUAUAAAUCGUACGAGAAGAAGUUAAUUUUUUAACUUUAAAUAUGCGUAUAGGAAUUCAUACAGGUUAGAUAAUUGGAGGUAUAACAGGUAGUAAUAUAGUAAGAUAUGAUGUAUAUGGUACAGAUGUUAUGAUUUCAAAUAAAAUGGAGUCAAACGGAGAACCUGGUAAAAUAAUGGUUAGUUAAAGAACAAAAGAUUUAUUAUAAAGUGCAUAUAAAAAUUUAUAUAAUUUUGAGUUCAGUAAAACUGUUAAUAUACCAACUAUUUAAAAGGAUAUUGGAGGAUAUUUUAUAAGUAAAGUUUAAGCUGAAGAUAAUAUAAAUCAAAAUGAAUUAUAUAUAUAAAAUAUUAACUAUUUUUGA